AUGCCUAACGGUUGGCCAUCACCCUGGAGUAUUUCGAGAAGCAGAAGUGGUCAUGAUCCCCAAGCCGGGAAAGAGAAAUCUGUCGACCCCCAGGGCAUGGCGCCCUAUCUCUCUGCUCUCCUGUCUUGGGAAGGGCCUCGAGCGGCUGAUCGCUCGCCGUCUAGCGUGGGCAUCGAUUCAUUAUGCAGCCCUCCACCCACAGCAAGUCGGCGCGCUCCCGAAACGGUCUGCCGUUAUGACAUCGAGGAAGCAUUCGCACGCGGACAGGUGGCCACACUGGUCACAGCAGACAUCCAAGGAGCCUUUGACACAGCCAUGUGCAACAGGCUUGUCCUGAGGCUCCGUGAGCAAGGCUGGCCCGACAAUCUUGCGCGGUGGGCAGGCUCGUUCAUGAGCGGCCGCUCCGCAAGAGUCAGAUACCAAGACAUCACGACACCGACGACACCAUUGCAGUGCGGCCUUCCACAGGGAUCGCCCGUGUCUCCGAUCUUGUUUUUGCUCUACACCGAACCGAUCUAUCGGCUAGGCAACCCCGAAGGACGGUUCGGGUUACGCGGAUGA